AUGGCUGCUAUGACCAGCUCCCUUCAGAGCAUGAAGCCCGCAGCGACUGUCUGCCAGCACAAGGCAGCUAUUGCCCCAGCUGCUGCACCCAUCCUCCUUCAGAAGACCGCCUUCCAGGGCGCUCAGCUGCAGGCGAGGCAGACGAGGAGGCAUUGCCUCAGCGCGGUGCGCACGAGCGCAACAGCGACUGUGGAGGCGCCUGCUCGGCCCACAACCAAGGGCCCCACCAGCAGCGCUCCCAGCGACAAAGCCACUCAGAAGCCCACGGUGAUCAUCACGGGGGCGUCCUCGGGCUUGGGUCUGGCGGCCGCGCGCGCUUUGGGCCAGAGCGGCGACUGGCACGUAAUCAUGGCCUGCCGGGAUUACUCUAAGGCGGCCUCCGCCGCGGCCGCCGCCGGGAUCCCCAAGGCCAACCGCACCAUCAUGCACCUCGACCUCGCCGCCUUCGACUCCGUGCGCGCGUUCGUCGAAAAUUUCCGCGCAAGCGGCAGGCGGCUGGACGUGCUGGUCUGCAACGCAGCGGUGUACCUCCCGACAGCCAAGGAGCCCACAUUCACAGCCGACGGUUUUGAGCUGAGCGUGGCGACUAACCACUUGGGCCACUUCCUGCUGACUAACCUGCUGCUGGAGGACAUCCAGUCAGCCCCCGCUGACAGCCUCAAGCGCGUCAUCAUCGUCGGAUCAAUCACCGGCAACACCAACACUCUGGCGGGCAACGUGCCCCCCAAGGCGGAUCUGGGCGACCUGCGCGGAUUGGCGUCCGGUGUGGACGGCCGCAUCGCGCCCAUGAUCAACGGCGGAGACUUCGACGGUGCCAAGGCCUACAAGGACUCCAAGGUGUGCAACAUGCUGACGGUGCGCGAGCUGCACCGGAGGCUGCACGACAGCACGGGCGUCACUUUCUCCUCGCUCUACCCCGGUUGCAUCGCCGAGACCGGGCUGUUCCGUAACCACAUCCCCCUGUUCCGUACGCUGUUCCCCCCCUUCCAGAAGUACAUCACCAAGGGCUACGUGUCCGAGGACGAGGCCGGCAAGCGCCUGGCGCAGGUGGUUUCCGACCCCAAGCUGAGCAAGAGCGGAACUUACUGGUCGUGGAGCAACGACAGCGAGUCAUUUGAGAACCAGGUGUCCGAGGAAGUGUCAGACGGCGCCAAGGGCCAGAAGCUGUGGGAAAUCAGCGAGAAGCUGGUCGGCCUGGCCUGAUGACUCAGCUCAAUUUCAGCUUACUGAUAAUCUUCUGUCAUUGGUCCUAAAUUGGUGAUGGCACGGGCCAAAGCUGGGCCUCCAGAAAGCCCUUUGUAUUGGUAUCAGUACCGAUGUUGGGGGUGGGAAUUGAAAUGACAAGUUUACUGACAAUUUGACUGACCGUACAAGUUGACAAGCUGUCAAGGCAGCGUGAGAUGUGGGGAAAUUUGGUGGGAAGAUUGUUAGAUUGGAAAUUUGCCUGGGGAGUGCAGCAUUGCAAUUUCCUGCAUGAAUGCGCUCCAUGGCAUGGAAAUGGCAGUGCGCAGGAUUCAGGGGAAGCUCUGUUUGGACACAUGCAUUAGAGCAGACUGUGGAAAAGAAUUCACAGGUAAAUUGAGGUGCCAAAUUGCUAGACACGGCAAUGGCGAGGCCUCACCUUGUGCUGCAGAAGCUUCUGGACAUGCCAAGUGCCUGAAGCUAUGCUGCAAAGUGUUUUAUGGAGUUUCAGGAUUCAUGGUGGGAAAAGGAGUUGCUCAUCCCUGCUUGCUCUUGCUGGCAAGCAAUGAGAAUAUGGUAUCUGUAUUGAAGAACUGAAAGUGUUAGGCCAUAUCAGCUGAAAAGAUAUCCUUUGAU